UAAAUCGACAAAAUAUCAAGGUUACAAAAGUAAUUUAAGUUCCGGUCAAGAGGCUACAAAAGCCAUUCCAACGGCCUUCACCCCCACCAAAGCAACAACCUUGCGGCUUUUUUUACUGAAAGACGUUUAAACCUUAGCCAUGAAACCCCUCCUCUUCCUAACCUUCCUCUUCGUCUAUAUCCACCCAAUCCCAACUCUCAGUUCCGCCGACUACGACUCUAGGGCCACCAAUGCCACGGAUUUCAUCCGUAUAAGCUGCUCCGCCACCAUGUACCCUGACCUUUGCUACACUUCCCUUUCUGGCUAUGCCAACGCUGUCCAACAAGACCCAGCUCGUCUAGCUCGUGUCGCCAUUGUUAUCAGCCUCUCUAAAGCCCGUCACUUGGCAGCUUACGUCUCUAACCUAUCCCGUGAAGCCGACUACGGCGCCGACCAACGGGCCACCGCCGCCUUACACGACUGUUUCUCCAACAUGGAUGAUGCGGUGGAUGAAAUCCGUGGCUCCUUGAAGCAAAUGCGACAGCUGGUGGCUCCGGGUUCGGAGUCUUUCAGGUUCCAAAUGGGGAACGUUCAGACGUGGAUGAGCGCGGCUUUGACGGACGAGGACACGUGUACGGAUGGGUUCGAGGAUGUGGCGGAGGGACCGAUGAAGACGGAGGUGUGCGAGAGGGCGCUGAAAGUGAAGAAGUUUACGAGCAAUGCUUUGGCGUUGGUUAAUAGUUAUGCAGAAAAGGGUACGAAUUAAUCAGUGAAUGAAAAACAAAUGUAUAAUUUCUGAUUAGCUGGUGAUUAAUGUUGAAUGCUUUGUUUGAUUUUGAUUUUUUUGUACAGUUCUUGUGGAAAGUCUGAAUUUUUUUUUUGUAGUGUUUUUUUGGUGUGGGUAGUUUUGAAUUUUUCGGUUUUCUUUUCGUGACUAAGAGAAGGUAAGCUGUAUCUUUUUGGUUUGUAACUGAAACCGAGUUUAUUUAGUUAAACUCUGAGUUUACUUAUUACAACUUUACAUUUGUUUCAAUUGUAAUAAAAAUUAUUAAGGAGU